CAUGUUCAUUGAAAUUUAACAGGCAUCUGAAAUUUGUAUUUACCGUAUAGAAGUAAGUUUCUAAUAUCUUCUGUUUGAUGUUUAUGUAUGUGUAAUUGUCUAGAGAUGUUCUGAAGUGUGAGUUGGAUGUUGUUUGACCCUUUUAUGAUUAUAAAAUUACCAGUGUAAAAUAUCAAAGACUACAGCGUAGUGAUGUCAAGUCACUUGAACUGCUAAUCAGAUUUCAACUUGGUCAGUAGAAUUCGUUGUUUCCUAAUAGAUUAGAUCGAAAUAUGACUGAAUGAUCAAUCAACCGUAAAUAGGUGAUUUACAUAACAUUUUUGGCGAUAGAAAUACAUUAUUCAGGUAAAAUACUUUAGGUAUGGGCACACUUAUUUAUUCAUCCUUACUAACACUGGUCUCUCAUUUAACGUGGUUUUUACUAUACUUUACUAUUAGUUAAGCAGUUUCUGUAGCGUUUUAACUGUUGUAUAGGUCAAUCGGAAUAAUUCUGUAUGAACUAUGCACCCAAAGAAGAGCAUUCACUGGAACUAAUUUAAUGCGUGUUAUGUGGCAGGUGAUAAAUGAUCCUUGUCCUCAGCUACCGGAAAUUUAUUCAAAAGAAUUGCAAGAGGUUUUAGAACUGUACGUAGAAUUAAUGAGAAUUUUAUCCUAAUCAAAUGCUCUAUUCGAUAUACUUAUUUUAGUGUGUAUGCUAUGAUAUUUUUAUUCGUAAACGUCUCAACAAAUUUCCACUUCCUUUGACUAGUAGUAGUAAGUGCUAGUAGUUAAACACUAGCAACGAUAAACUAACUUCAUUUUUGAGUACUCGGCCAAUUUUAAAGUCAGAUGACUGAAAUAGUUAAGGUUAGUGUCACUGGUUGUCGCUGGGCUGAGACAGUGAGAAAACAUUUUUUGAUCAUAAAAUUAAUACUUUCACAAAGUCUCAAUGAGUAUAAUUAUUUAUUUUCCGUAGGAGCCACUCAUACUGAGUAACAAAAUAUCAGAGAAUUUAAUUUUUUACUCAUUGGGAUAUUGCAAAAAUGUUGUUAUUUUAUUACUAACAUUUUACUAAAUUCUUAGUUUAUUCGAAAGUAUCAAGUCAAACCUUGUUAAUGAUACCUACAAAUCUUUUGAUUGUGUUAUUCUUUAAGGAGUGUUGAACACAUUUGAUGACUGUUUUAGAAAAGAUUGAACUAAUGUUAAAGAAGACUCCCCAAGAACGACCAUCUGCUUCAGAACUUCUUCAAUCAAAUGCGGUUCACUCGUACUUACGUGAUUUAUACAAAGAAAUCAUAAUUCACAUGCAAAACGAAUUAUCUGAUGAAAAUCGAAAGGAUGGGAGCGAAUUUAAUCUACUUAUGUCGUUUGAAGAAUUUAUGAGUUUACCUGAUUCAGUUUUGCACAAACAACAGUCGAUUGAAAACGCUGAAAAGUUUUCAAUACAAUCAAAUGAAGAGAUUGAAGAGAAUGUAGAACAUUCAGAAGAUCAGUACUUAACGCCACGUCAAAAAAUCAAAUUAAAUAAAGCAACUGAAUCAGAUAGAACUACCGCAGUCUUAAGAGAUUUAGCAGAACAGCUUACAUAUACUCGGAAUAGUUUAAAUUCUACAAAGGAAAUACAACUGGUCACCUGGCAGAAAGGAUAUCCAUCAUUGAAUCAUAUAUGGCCUACUAUUCAAAUGCCUACAGAGAAACUUCUAAAUGAAUUAAAAAACCUUUAUUUAGAAAAAAUAAACAAUGAAACAAGCUUGAUGGAUGAACUAGAUGAUGAUUUGGAAAAUGAAGACAAUAAAAAAUUGCCAGGUAAAGGUCCAGGUGCUGAAGAUGAAAGUCUUGGAACAUUUAAUUUUUCAAAUUCUACAAAACAUAGAAAUGAAGAAAUCGAAGAUUUAACCAACAAUAUGAGUUUUACUGAAAUAAAAUUUUUUUAUCCUUCACCUAGAUUAACAAGUCCAAUUUAUGAUUAUGUCACAAUGGAUGAAUUUAAAAAACAAGUUGAUAUUGAUGAUAACCCUAAUAUUAUUAAAAAGAGUAAUAAUAAUCAAGAAGCUUUGUUUAUACGUCGGCAAUUUACGUUUCCAGCAAUGUUAAAUCAAAAUUAUACACAAUCAGCAAGACAACUGAGUGAUAUUAAUAGUUCCAAAUUGAAAUGUAAUAGUGUAUUUACUGACGAUACCCAACUAAUGGAAACUUAUUACACAAAUUAUGAUAAUGAACUGUUAAAUUAUACAAACAAUUUCAAUAAGGAGGAUUUAAAAGAAUUAAUAGAAAAUGAAAAUAUUCUUCAAAAUGAUCUGGAAGAUAUAGAAAAUCAAGAUAAUGUAGAUUCAACUGAAACAUUGAACGAUGUACUUGUCUGCAUGAAAGCAGCUUUGUGUCACCCUGAAGACAGUAAUACAAUAGUCUUGGAUGAUGAAGCUAAGACCAUAUUUGGUCCAGAGGCCAAAGCCAAAAGAAUUGAUGCUUUAAAAAAGUCAGGUGCUAUAUUUAUUGUGAGUGGCUUAAUAACACCAUCCGGAAAACCAUUGAAACUGAGGAGCACUAGAUAGCUGUUUCAUCUUACUUUGGCGCUUCUCAGAAUUGCACCCCAUGGACCUCACACGGGAUGAAAUUCGGUUUAUCCGUGAUGAGAAAUAACUUCUAAACCAUCAUCCUAGUGAUGGCGAAGGUUAAGUUCAAAUAAUUUAUUCAUGUUACACUAACAAAUAAUCGAAAAUUGUUCAGUAAUAUCUAUAUUAAAAAUAUAUCCUUUCUAUUUCAGAUACUGCAUCGACAAACUUGGCGAAAAAGAAUUUCACAAUGCAUAUCACUAUCUUUAUCAAAAACGUAUUUUGGAAAAAAAUCAAUCUGGUGAACUAACAAUACUAAAUGGCUUAAAAUCUUAUUGUUCCGAUGUGACUACCGGGUUUCUACUUGAUCAUUUAUUAUUUCUUGAAAAUGAUACAGUAAAACAAACAAUAAAUAUUCAGUUAUCUGAAUCUGUUCAUCAAAUCUUAAACGAUAAUUUGUCAUUUUAUACGUAAGCUUAAUUACGUAAACAUAAGUAAUUCAUGGCUGUGAAUUUUAUUUCGAUCUCUGGUUUUUCUAAACGUAGACUAUAAUCCCCAUUAUUUGGAAAGUUUUCCGUUCUAUUCCUAAAAAUAACAGUUACUAUUGUUGUUUACUUUUUCAUAACCUAUUUUAUUUUAUGCUCAACAACUACUUGUCUUAUAGAUUUUAUGCCCUGAAAACAUUUCUCAUUUUGUAGUUUCUAUUCUAAUUUGAAAUAAUUCCAUCCAUGAAUAAAUAUACGGUUUUAGAAAUUACCAUUUAUUAACCUGUCAUUUUUUAUUGUUAC